AUGCACAUCUCCCUCCCCCUAACCGCCCUCCUCCUACCCUUCACCAUCACCACCGCAAUCCCCUACCCCCAAGCCAUCCCCACCAUCCUCCCCACCCUCAUCACAAACAUUCCCAGCCUCCCCACCACGCCCACGCCCCUACCCAUACCCACAGGCCCACAAUCACACUCCCUGAACAACACCAUCACCAAGCCGCCGAGGCCCACACGCUCCAAGAACCCGCACUUGGAGCCUAUUCCCGUUUUCUCGAAGCAGUGUAGUUGUGCGCUGGCGACGGCGCGGUAUCCGUGUUGGGCUACGGAUGCGUUGCAGAUGGAAACAGCAAUAUGUGGGAAGAGCGAGCAAGACGAGGGCCAAGUCAACAUCCGCGUCCCAUACUGCUCCUUCCCCAGCGAGAUGGAAAACUCUCAGUCCCAGUCCCAGUCCCAGUCCCAGGUUAAACAAGUCCGCAUACAGACCCCCUUCCCUUUCUUCCCCCAAAAAAGCUGCAACUUUGAAGAAAACUUCAGCUACGGCUGCUACAUGGAGGCUGUAGGCGGCUGUCCCACGCCCACGCGAAACUGCACCGCGCUCUACAAACCCACACCGCGGCCGGGUCCGCAUCCGUGUGAGGGCGUGGUUGGGGUCGGGCCUAGGGUUGCUGUUAUUACAGGAUGA